AUGGCAGAGAGAUUCAUACAUGCUGUUCAAUCUGUAUUAAUCAAGAAAACUUAUUUACAUGAUCGAAAAACAGAUAAAAAAUUUCGCUUGAAUGGUGUUAAGGAAACAUCUCGUAUGCCUCAAAAACAAUCUCUACAUAAAGAUUUUUCCAAAUACGUUAAAUAUAACCAAUCACAAUUACCACACAAAGUCGAUCUUCGUCCAUGGAUGACAACUAUUGAAGAUCAAUCAGAUGUUAACAGUUGCACAGCAAAUGCUAUGGCUGGUGCCUAUGAGUAUUUGAACUAUAAAGCAACCAAUCGAAAACUUGAUGUUAGCCGUCUUUUCAUCUAUUACAAUGCUCGUAUUAAAGAUCUCGACGAAAAUGAAAGAGUAACGGAUGAAGGUUCUAGCAUUCCUGCUACAAUCGAAAGUAUGGAAGAAUUAGGUGUAUGUCUUGAAUCACUAUGGCCAUAUAGUAUUAAAAAAGUCAAUGUGAAACCUAAGAAACAAUGUUAUCAAGCUGCCGAAGAAUACACCAUUACGGAAGCACUUGAAGUCGACAUUGACAUUAAUGAAAUGAAAUCUUGUCUUGCUCAAGGAUUUCCUAUGAUUAUUGGUCUUAACUUGUAUAGUUCAUUUGAUAAAGCUAUGGAGAAAGGAAUUGUACCAAUACCUAAAAAGGAGGAGAUUUCACGUUCCAAGCAUGGAAGUCAUGCUCUUCUAGCAUCUGGUUAUAGCGAUAAAUCGCAAGCAUUCAUUGUAAGAAAUUCAUGGGGAGAAGAAUGGGGUGAUAAAGGCUAUUGUUAUGUGCCUUAUGAUUACAUGACAAAUAAAGGAUUGUGUAAUGAUGCUUGGACUGUGAAAAAGUUAGCAGUAGAUGACAUGGGAACAGACGUAUGGGAGGACGAGGACGAUGUUAAUUACCUAGAAGAUGAUGAGGAAGACGAGGAAGAAGAAGAUGAUGAUGAUGCGGAUAUUGAAGAUGUGGAAGAAGUAGAUGAGGAUGCAAUGGAAGACGAAGAUGACGAAGAAUAA